AUGGUCCAUCCAUUUAUCUUGAAAUAUGUCUGCAUCGUACAGAAACGUGACAGCGGAAGUCUGUUCGCUAUGAAAUAUGUUAGCCGUAAUGCCUGCAUCGGGCGCGGGGCGCUCGGAGGCGUCCUGAAAGAAGUGGAACUGCUGGCAACGCUGGAGCACCCCUUCCUGGUUAAUCUAUGGUAUUCCUUUCAAGAUGAAGAGGAUCUGUUUAUGGUGUGCGAUCUGCUGGCUGGAGGCGAUUUGCGGUAUCAUCUUAACCACCAGGUGGAGUUUACGGAAGCCAGUGUUGCCUUAUUGGUAUGUGAAAUCGGUUCCGCCUUGGACUACUUGCAGAAGCAGCGAGUCGUACACAGGGAUAUUAAACCGGACAACAUACUGCUGGAUGAGGAAGGACACGCACAUCUGACCGACUUUAACAUUGCAACCCGUUUGCCGCCGGACGGUUUAGCCUGCAGCAUGUCCGGAACGAAGCCGUACAUGGCUCCGGAAGUUUUUAUGUGUGCCUUAGAGGAGAUCGCCGGAUACAGCUACCCGGUUGACUGGUGGUCCUUGGGGAUCGUUGCAUACGAGAUGCGCUCCGGCAUCCGGCCGUUCGUGGUGCAUUCCGCGACACCGCUAGUCGAGGUGAAAAACAUUCUAAACACUCAGCCACAUUUUCCCCGCCACUGGAGUGACAACUUUAUCGAUCUGCUCAGUAAGCUACUCACCGUCCAGCCAGGACCGCGCAUCAGCAGCCAGCGGGAACUGCAGCAAACCAAGCUGCUGCGCGGCACUUGCUUCGAUAAGAUUCUAGCAAAGAACACCAAUCCGCCGUUCAAGCCUUCCAAGGAUCACCUGAACUGCGACCCGAGCCUCGAGCUAGAGGAAAUGAUCAUCGAAGCGAAGCCGUUGCACAAGAAGAAGAAACGUUUAGCCAAGCAGCGUUCGAUCAACCGCGACAACCAAAACCAAAACGGGCAGGAUCAGCUGAGUGAACUGGACAGUGCACUGCUGAAACAGUUUCUGGUGUACAACCGCUUUAAGGAGCAGAAACGGAAAGUGAUGGAGCAGAAGGAAUCCGAAUGGCAGCAGGAACUGGAUCAGGCGAUGGCCUGCUCCGAGGUGGAUGGUCGGCUGGAAACGAUCCACGAAGGUGGCAACGAGCCGGCACCACCGAACGGGAAACCAACGACAAUCGACAGUAAUGGGGACAGAACACAGCAGCAACAGCAGCAGCAGAGGCAGGGGGAGCAGGGCAACGACAGUCUCGACUACAUCGAUCGAACGCCUUCUCCGAAGCCCAGCAUUUAG